GCCGUGUGGAAAGACAUGUAAACCCAAGUAAUCCGUAUUCUUUUCUACUAGAUGCCACCACAGCUUGUGCCUUGUCAGCCACAGGUCUAAUGGAUCAGUUGUUUGAGUGAUUGUCAGCGGCGCAGCACCCCCAAAUGCCCUCUCCGAUCCCGAGUUUCUCUUCAAUCAGAUGAAAGACGCGUUUAGAUGAGGGGCUCGGGACGCGUCCGACACCAUACGCCGUUAUGAACGACCUGUCGCGGAUGUCGGAUGUGGAGGCCGAGGUGGCCGCAGUCGACGACGGUGGGUUUGGUCGGUCCAGCACACACAUAGCGUCGCCAGCGCCCAAGACCCGUUCGCUAUCGGACGGAGGAAACACGCCAAAGCUGUCUCCUUCCCCCCACAUUGUCGAGGCGUCCCUUCGCCAGUCCAAAGACGAUAUCGCGAUUCGAGACAAGGACCACGAGCACGUCUCCCCGCUGCCGUCGACGCCCAUCCGCGCCGGCUUUGCCGCCCGAGGCCUCGCGCUUCAGAUGCCGCAGCGCGACGCUGCUUCGCCCGCCUCCCACGCCUCCCAGCCCGGCUACGUCAGGCCCGCCACGCUCUCGCCCAAGCCGGAACACCCUUAUGCCUCGCCCACCAACAUUCUGCCGCGUCACUCGCGGGGCAUGGACUUCUCCCGCGCCGCCACUAGCUUGCACCACUCCAUCCUCGCCCACCAGGCAUCGCCCGACUCCUCGCCCACCAUCGCCUCCCGAGCCAUGAACAUCCCCGGCCGCCGCUCCGAAUACGGCGGCGCCGACCAGCCGUCGACCUCACUAUGGUCCAUGAUGGGCAACCAGGAACGGUCGCACGUUUCGAGCUCGAUGGGAAGCACCAGCCACGCCAUCUCGGAUUCAUCCUCCAGCUCCGACGACGACGAUUACAUGGAUGAGGACAUGGAAGAGGCCUUUGUCACCACCCCGCAGGCGCAGAAACCCGGAACUCCCAGCGCUUCGGCAGCCAUGGGCGCACCCUGGAUGCCCGGGUCGCCCGCCGCCAGCAAUCUCUUGAGCUUCCAGCAACGCCAGCGCCACCGCAAAGUGCCAAAGAGAAAAUCGCGCGGGCCGCUGGGACUGAGCUUCCACCCUGCAGGUGCAGGAUCAGCAGCCGCCGUGUCGAAAUCCCCGCCGAACACCCUGGGAGGAUCAAGUGACAUGUUUCCCCAUGCGAGACGCGAGAGCAUUAGCUGGGCUGCCAACCAGCUCCACAUCUCGGGGAAUGAGAGCGACGACAGCCAUAGACAGUCCGACGGCGUCGAAAGCCCGUUGCGCCCAAGCAUUGUCCGCCGGGCCGUCACGAGGCGGGGGAAUUUGCUGGUAGGUUUCUGCUUCCUCCACCAAGCCUUUGGACGGUGCUCACAUUCACACCCUCCCGCCAGCCGAAAACGAAGGGAUUUGCCCGCAUCCGUGCUGCACUUGCCGAAGAGAGCGCGCCCAUCGAGGCCGAAGUUCGCCGCGAAGCCGAGGUGAUUCGGCAGGUUCGCGAGAGCGACAUGAACCUAGAGCCCAGACACCCCCCGCCACAAUCGAUACCCUCGACUGCGCUGUCCAGCCCCAACUUGGCAGCACACAACGGCCUCGAGGAGAUCACCGACGACAUCAUGAUGAUGGAUCCCACUACGAAUCCCUUGGGCGUCACAGGGACCCUCAAGCAGCAAGCCUUGAGGAACGCCAAGGGCAAAGUCUUCUGGGACACGGCUUCCGAAACUAGCAGCACAGGCGCCACGCAGCGCGUCA